GUUAAAGGUUACCACGUGGUUAUAGUAAAAAGCUUAUGUUGACAUUCGAAUAUUCAGGUGCAAAUUUUGAAUUCAAAGAUAAAAGCGAUAUAUCCCGUUAUACUACCUGUGUAUAUUUAAACGUCUCGGGGACUAUGAUAGUGACGGACAAAACAUGAUGUGUUUCUCGGAUUUACUAACGUGACUUGAAGAUAUUGGAAGAAAAAAUGAAGUUUUAUUUUAAAGUUUAAACUGACGUAGAUGAAAAGAACAGGAUGCAAUACGUGGAUAAGAAAUCCAACUCCCUACUGGUGUCACUAGAUUCACUACCAAAAGAUAUCUUAGAAAAACUUAAAGACUACCGGUCAAUCCAGGAAGAAAGAACAGACGAUGCAGAAGUCGAGGAUUGUUUUAGGAGUAGAUCAUGUGACCUGCCGUCUACUCCGAGGUCAAGAGUUUCAAGUUCACCAUCAACUCCAAGAUCAAAGUUAUCGGACGAUUUAGUUUUCAAAUAUCCACCCUCGUUUCAGGACUUCAGUGAAAAUAAUGGACUUAAAUCUCCCAGGAAAUAUCUGGAAAGAGCAGGACAUUCACCGUACUCUGACACCGACCAUUGUCAGGUUUUUGGAGAUAACUCUGAUUGGAUGAUGGCGGAGAGAUUAAAACCCAGAACCCCACCCGUCUCACCGGAUACCUCUUCAAGAUCAUCUACAUGCUCCUUCAAUGACAGAGACCGAUACCCGGUGCUCAAUCGCUCUCCGGAAUCAUGCUUUGUUUGUCCAUCGCCAUCACCGAGAAUGGAAAGGUAUUUACAAUCUCCUCGAUUAGAAAGAACUUCACAGAAACGAUGCACAUCUCCUCGAAAUCGAUUGGAACAUCAUGACUUUUUGGAGAAAACACCAGUAAAACAAGUUUCCCAAGACCCUCAGUUACCUGCAAGAUCAAUGACAGGAAGUUCACAUAAAACUGAAUCAAAUUCGGAUCAAUUAUCUCCGGGUUACUAUGCAAGAGAAGUAGUGAAUCGAUCUUCACCUGUUAGAAGAAUACCAGACUUUCCUGCUGACUAUGUCGAUGAAAGACGAGGAGUUAGAAAACAACUUGUUUUUGAAAACCAUCCCCGAAGACAAGAAGAUAUGUAUUGUCACAGAGAGCAGUAUUCCCCAAGAUUGCAAUCAACGUCGAAUCAACGUUUCGAUUAUGAAGAGGCAGAUGUUUUGUCAGAGCGUCUUAGAGAUCCAGAAUCUACUGCACUUUUGUCUCAAAUUCUCGACCAAUUAUCGAAACGAAAAAGAAAAACGUCUGAACGAUCUGAUUGUGACUGUGAUUAUGAGGACAGGUCUGCAAAGAAAAGACGAUCAGACUUGAAACGGCAGAUGAACAUGAACUAUUUGAAACAACUCGAAACGGAUGUUACUGUUCUUAACAAACAACUUCGUCAAUCGGAACUGGAAACCAGACCAGAAAAUUGCUCAUGCGCAAUCAUGGAGAGAAAUUUCUUACAAAUGGCUGAAAAUGCCUACAAAAACAUACGCAGACAUGACACAUCUGCUGACGGAUUUGCACAGUUUCGCAAAGAAUUAACUGAAACAAAUAAGAUUCUUAAGGACUCAUUAACAGUACUAAACAAUAUGAAAGAGUUUUGUGAACACCGUUCUGUCGUCGGGUUGACGUAAUACAUGUUUUUUUUACAUAUUUAUUUAUUGUUGAAUUCUAUUUAUUGUUAUAUUAUUUAUUUAUUUAUAAAUCAAACUGCCCCUCACAACAAUGAGGAAAUCUCUGGGGUUUUAUUUGAACGAUGUUUUUGUAAAGAAAUAAGAAUAUUAUUUAUUAUUUUAUUUAAUUGCCACCAGGUGGCAUGUCAAAGAAUGUCUCGUGUCAACUUGAAAAGAGAGUGUAGUAUAUAAGACAGCUAACUGUGAUACAUCAAAUCUUUUCUUUUUAACAUCACACAGAAUUCAGUUGCUAUUUUAGUGAAAUCAAAAAUAAUUUUGAAAUAACAUUUAAAAUGUUUUUCAUUGAUAUAUUUGAACGAAAACAGACGAUGCCUUCCGAACAAUAUAUCGAACAGCCGUCCAUAAGUUAUUUUCAUCAAAGUCACUUUCAGAUAGAAAACGAUGUAUUUUUUAUUGUACAAAGUUGUAUAGCGCUAAGAGAUCAUUAUUAGUAACUUUUGUGUUCUUUAUUUUAUGUGUUCCUUAAAUCUGUAUCCGAAGUACAAGUUCGAAUUAAGUGAUUUCAUAUUAAGCAAAAUAUAUAUUGACCAUGCAAUUACAAGCAGCUAAAUUUUUUAUAUCAGCAGGUUAAAAGUGAAUAAAUUUUAUUCAGAUAAUGAUCUUUCAUCGCUUUGUUAAACUGUCUGCAAGUGACUCUAGUGAUAUAUCUCAAUAUAUUAUUGUUAUUUUUUAGAUAUUUAUUUGAAAGUGUUCUUUAUACAAUGUGUUCAGAAACAAAUGUUCCGAAGAGAACUUUACUAGCCAUGAAAUGUUCCGAAGAACUUUACUUGCCAUAGAAUGUUUAUGAACAUAAAAGUUUACAGUUAGAAUAAACUAACUUUCCAAAAUGCAUUGUAAAUAAUGGUCGAAAAUUCCCUUUAUAGGUUUGGUUACUUUAUUUAAUUUUCUUUCUUGUCUUAAAUUUUUUAAUAUUGUUCAACUCUUCAUAACUAUCUAUCUGCAAAUUAAAACAAUAUAUUUUUGUCUCGUCUCAUGCAUAAUUCAAUUUUGACAAUUUGACUUUGGUACAACGACUGCAAAUUAUAAACAUUCUAUGGCUUGACUAUUAUAUGUGUUCAAACAUUGUUUUAUUUAUAAUGAUAAAAACAACCGUCCUUGUUUACAAUUUCAUUCAUUAUACAUCAACAGAGUUUAACUCGAAAUUUGAACGAACAAAAAAAUCCAUGUUAUUUAUUUUCACGAGUGUAACUCAAAAUAAAGUGGAAAAAGUGUUACCAUGAAAACAUGUUAAUUAGUAUAUAUCUGUAUUUAGGUUAGUAUGUCACAUGAUCAUUUUCAUCUCAUAGUUACUUCAUGAUGGAUAAACGUUUAGGUAACACUCCAUUGUUAGAAUGUGUGGAAGAGCACUAACAUUUUUUACUUAAUUGUUCAUUACAUUCACUAUUUAUAACGUUAGAGAACUCUGUGUAUUUUACUUCUUUGCUGUGAGCUUGUUGUGGUUUGGUGUGAUUUAAUACAAUAGGCAAAGUAAAACGCCCUUGAUUUUUUCACCAUGAGUUAGACACUGUAUUAAAGCAUUUACAGCUCUUUUAUUUCUAAAAACAAAUUUAUGCUUGUCAUUUAAUGUUGAUUCAGGGAGCAAAUUAAAAAAGCAUGGACUAUUUUGUAUUUAUAACAUUUUGACUUAUCAAAUUCAUGUUUUAACAUGGCGAUAUAUUAAUUCAAGUUUAAAGGUAGCAUAUUAAAUUAUAGUUUUCACAUGACGUCAUAUUAAAUUUAAGCUUCAACAAGCUGCCAUUUUUAAUUCAAGUUUGAAAAUGAAAUUGGGAACAAAUUAAAUUGCAGUUCGAUAGGGUGAUAUAAAAUUCAAGUUUUUACAAGGACAUAUGACAGAUAAGCUUUGACAUGGCGACACAUGAUAUAUUGUCCUGACCACGUGGUCCUGACAUGGUGAGAUAUUAAGAUUAUUUUACUUUGCCUGUAUUGUAUUGUGUUGUGUGAUGAUAUUGACAACCAGUGAUACUUGAUAGAGUUUAUUUAAUUAUUUAUAGAUUAAUUUAUACUUAUUUAUUAAUUACCACCUUUACAUUAGAAUAGAACACUAUUUCUUACACUAUCGUGGCAGAUAAGACAACAUUAAAACUGCACUUCCGGUUCAUUCAGUAAAGGCUUUACUCUACUUCCGGUACGGCCUUACUCUACUUCCGGUUAUUUUUUCUACUCCUUUCCUUUUUCUGAUACAAAUUCUUUGGAAUGCUAACGUCGAAGUUGUUUAAUGCACUUUAUUUUGACCUCUAGAUAUCUUUAGGUUAUUUUGACCUCUAGAUAUCUUUAGGUUAUUUUAGUACUUAGGUUGAUCUAAUAAAUUAAACCAUAUUUAUUCUUUAUGAAAUCUUUCAAAAAUAUUUACCGUUCAAUUUUGGUCAUAUUUAUUUUCUUUAGCUUAAUUCCAUCCUUUUUCUUUAGUUACAAUACGAUACUAUAUUGUAUAUGUUGUUGCUAUGGUAACGAUACGAUAGUUGUGCAUGUUAUUGUUGUCUUUUCUGUCAGUAAUCUUCUCGUAUAUUUAUUUAACAAUUAUAUAGUAUUUGUAACAUUGUAUGAUCUGAUGUCAGAUCUAUUCCCUUAUCAAUCCGUCCAUGAUUUCUAGGGAUUUAGAAUUAUUUGUGUAAAAGUUGUGAUGUAAAUUAUUUUUGAGAAAAUAUAUUUUUGAAUAAAAUGAUAGAAAACCCUUAA